CAAAUUAUUGUUUUUUUUAUCGAUAUGUAAUUUAUUUACUCUUCCAAUUUUGUGAGAAAUAUUUUGGAGAGCCGAAGGGUGGAAUAAGUGAUAUUAUGGCUUCGGCUUUAGAGCAGUUUGUCAAUAAUGUUCGAACGUUGUCGGCUCAAGGGGACUUCCCGGAGCUGUGCGAACUGCUGAACCAGUCGGCGGAGGUGCUGGUGCGGAACGCCCAGCACCUGGACAACGUGCUGGAGACUCUGGACCUGCAGCAGCACUCGCUGGGCGUGCUGGCCGUGCUGUGCGCCAAGCUGUCCCUGCCCGUGGCCCCCGCCACCUCUGCCGACCAGCACGAGAUACUGUUUGCGCAGGUGCAGGAGUUCCUGCUGGGCUGCAACGGCGAGCAGGUCCGCUGCGCGCCCGACACCUACGCGGAGCUGUGCCACCUACUGACGGCGCGGCUGGUGGAGCUGCAGGUGCCGCUGCGUGGCGUGGACCUGCUGCGCUGCGCCCUGCGCAAGGUGCAGCUGCAGGACGCGCAGCUCACGCCUGUGCACGCCGACCUGUGCCAACUGUGUCUGCUGGCGCGCUGCUUCAAGCCCGCCCUCGAGCUGCUGGACACGGACGUGGGCAGCAUCGGACAGGAGGGCAGCCCCUUCGACGCGAAGCACUUUCUGCUCUACUACUACUACGGGGGGAUGAUCUACGCGGCCGUCAAGAACUACGACCGCGCGCUGUACUUCUUCGAAGUGGCCUGCACCACGCCCGCCAUGGCUGUGUCCCACAUCAUGCUGGAGGCGUACAAGAAGUACAUCCUAGUGUCGCUCAUCCUGCACGGAAAGCUCCAGCCGCUGCCCAAGUACACGUCACAGGUGGUGGGGAGGUUCAUCAAGCCGCUGAGCCAGCCGUACCUCGACCUGAGCGCUGCGUAUGGUACCAACCUGCCAGAACUACGUGCCGUCGUCAACAAGUACCAGGAAACGUUCUCCAGGGACAGCAAUGCGGGGCUGUGCAAGCAAGUGGUGGCGUCGCUGUACAAGAAGAACAUCCAGCGCCUCACCAAGACCUUCCUCACACUGUCGCUGUCCGACGUGGCCAGCCGGGUGCAGCUGUCGGGCCCCGCUGAGGCUGAGAAGUACAUCCUCAACAUGAUUGAAGAUGGAGACAUAUUCGCGACCAUAAACCAGAAGGAUGGCAUGGUGAUAUUCCAUGAUGACCCCGAAAAAUACAACAGCCCGGCCAUGCUAAAAGCUCUGGAAUACGAGGUAGGGUCCAGUACCUCUGGAAGCAUGUUAAUGAAUUUUAUGGUGUUCCAAUGUUAAGCUGGACUGUAGCCAUACAGUUUCCUCAUCACAUAUGUAAUAGAAUAUGCACUAGUGAGUAGUCUUAUUUCUGAUAGUCACACACUGAUUCGUUUGGCAGUGCUAGAAGCAUUCAAACAUUCAUAUGGCCCUUUUAAACAAGGGGAAUCUUUGUAACAUUAUGAAGGCUAAAUUAAAUUACAUCAUACAUAAUAUGGGGUUAAUAUUUUGCUGAUUUUAUUAUUAAAACUAACAAAAAUAUGCCAAUGAGUAUCUCAAUAAGCUUUCAAAAGCCAUGAGGACCUUUAACCAUUUUAUUUUCUAUUCAUACUUAAUUUAACAAACUUGGUGCUUUAACAAUAAUGUUAUUAAGUAGUCAUUUAACACAAUCCCAUGUUAAGUAUUUGCCCUGUAUAAUGCGCAGUAAUACUUAGCACAGCUUUAAGCCCGGAAAUAUCUUGCUGAACUAUACAUGCUAUCCUUAAAAUUGAUGUACAAUGACUUAUCAUUACAAUGAAUCACCACCAGCGGUGGCUUGAUCGACCGUGCUGAGAAGGUCUGAAAUCACUCGCUGUAUCGUGUCGGCCAGGCUCUUUCUGCCAUCGAGUAGCACAAUGUCCGACACACGCUCAAGCACUUGGUUCCUGUGGCACUCGUACUCCGGCCAUACACACUUGUCGAAGUAGCCCGGAGGGUCAGGGGGGUCAUAUACUCGGGCACUGCGACGUGCCCAGGUCUCUUCUCUCGGUAGUGUCAGGUAGUACUUGCGAUCGCACAGCUUGGACAUGGCCUCGUGGUUGAAUAUCAGAAACCCUUCUACGAUCAGGAUCCUGAGGCAUGCUGUUUCUUGCGAGAUGAUGUCCUUCACAGCUGCUUCCAUCCGCUCCAUGUCUAAACUGGAGAGGACUUCCCAAUUGUGGUGGUCCAGCCCUGGGGCCCGGACAUGCAGGGGGCUGUCGACCGGAAGGAAGUAAUCAUCCUGGUUGACCAGCACAGCGCCGGGAAACGCCUUCUGCAGGGCGCGUGCGAGCGACGACUUCCCGCCACACGUCACCCCAGACACCCCCACCACUAGCCACAUUUCACGCCUCGAUCACACACAGUGUAAAAAUGGCCAGGCCGCCGACAAAGAGCAACCCCAAGACCCCUGGGACUACUAGGGCAUACCAAACAGAUGGAAAGAAGCAGGUAAUCCAGUCGUUGCUGUCCGCGAAAGGCAGGCCAAGAACCCAGAGAGAAUAAUACACAAAGAAGAUGCAGGUGAUGGUAAGAAUUAGCUUUCCCACAGUGGAAUCGCUCACCAUAAUCACGAACACGAAAUUUAAAAAAAAGAAAUCAUAGGCAUUCAAAACCAAUUUCAAGUCAAGUAUGAAUUUAUGAAUAAGCCAAAAAAGUAUUUAACUGACAAAAUAUUCCUUUUCAAACUUUUCAAAGUCUUCAUCUGUAAACACACUUGUUUCAACAGUUGCUUCUUCCGCUUUCUCCACCCGCCUUGUCUUCACGGAAUAGUUGAAUAUCU